AUGAUGUUAUACAUGCCAACAGCAACAUUAACUACACCAGUUAUUGUUCAAGAAACUCAAACAAUACCAAUACAAACAACAACAACACGUUAUUAUAUGUUACCAACAACAACAAUAACUCCAGUAGUACCACUUCUUAAUACAGCAUUAGUUUAUCCAGCAUAUGGUAUUAUAACUAAACCUAUUGAAAAAACUAAUACUGAAAAAUCUCAAAUUUCUGAAGUUCAACAUGUUGUACAUCAUUAUCCUCCUUCAACAUGUUCAGUAAAACAUUGUCCUGGUUAUUGUGAAUUAUGUUGUCCAUGGAUAGAACAAUCACAUGAACGACAAUCUCGAUCUCGAUCACGAUCACGAUCACCUUCACCACCAACACAUGAUCAACAACGAUAUUCUCGUCGUGAUGAAUAUGAUCGAUCACAACAUUAUUUACAUAAAGAUGAAACAAUCGAUGAUAAAAUUGAACGUAUUCGACAUGAAUUAAAUUUAAAUUCAUCUUCAAAACGUGAUAAAUCAACAGAAACAAUUGAUUAUUAUCAUCCAUCACCAAUAAGAACAACCACAACUGUUGAACAACAACGUAUUCCAUAUAAACAACAUUAUGAUCCACCAAAACCACGUCCACGUAGCACAUCAUCACAUAGAGCAUCAUCAUUACCACGUGAACCAUGGCGUACAACAAAUCAAAAUGAUUAUCCAUGGCGUGAUGCUCAUUUACCAGCCUAUCGUCAAGAAUCAUUAAGUCGUUCACAAACACCUGCUAAUGAAAAUUAUCAAUGGAAUGAAACAGCUCAUCAACGUAGUCAUUUAAAUACACAAAAUCAAUCAUCAUCAUCACCUUGUAAAAACAAUUAUAUCUAUCGACCAAAAUCAGAAAUUGAAACUCGUAAAUAUUAUAUGCAAACAACAGGUAAAGAUCCUGAUUGUGAAGUUUAUCAAUCCUUAAAUCAUAAUACAACAUCAUGUUGUAAUAAACAACAAACAAAACAUGAACAUUCAUUUUAUUCGGAUAUACCAACAACAACAACAUUAAAACAAAUGAAUAUAUCAUCAUGUCCUAAUGUAUGUAGAAGUGAUGAUACUUGUUUACAUAUUAUACCUAAACAUGGUAGUACAUUAGAUCCACCUUAUUUAAAAAUCUAUAAUUCACCUGUAACGUAUCUUCAUUAA